AUGGAGCAGGAAGUUGAGGGUGCAAGGCACGGAGGAGGCAGUACGGCAACUGUGGAAGUGGCAGAGUCAGAACCAGCUGUGGAAAGUGGCAAAGAUCCAAUUCUUGCUGGAGCUGAAAGUGAAAAGAAAGAAAAAGGGCAUAGAGGGAAGCAUAAAUGUCCAUUCCCAUCCUGUUCUGCCGAAGUAAUUCAUCUUCCGCGGCACAUGAGACAAGUGCAUAGAUGGGACAAACCGAAUAGUGCAGGUGUUGUAAGUGCAUUCAGCCUACGGAAACCCAGAAAAGGCACCGGAAAAUCAACGCGGAAACAUAAAGUUUGCCCUGUAGAUGGCUGCAUGUCUGUUGUGAAAAGAAUUCAUAACCACCUCGUUGACUUCCACGGAAUGAAAAGCGGAAGUAACGUAUAUAAAAGAAGCUUAAAGUCAGCUGUUCAUCACCAAGUGAUUGAUAUUUCUUCUGAGUCGUCAUGUGAGUCAUCUUCAAUCGAUGAAGAAGAACUGCGUUCUUAUAAAGAAAUAAGUAAAGCUCCAAAAAGAAAAGAAAAAAAGAAAGAAGGCGAGAAAGUCAAGAAAGUGAAGCAUGAAAGUAUAUUCAAGAAAGUUUAUUCCUCAGACGAUGAAGAUGACAGUGACUACCCUUCGAUUUUUAGAGGACCGUGCACCGAGAAAGAAAGAGAACAUUCCCAUGAAUUGUCAAAUGCUGAGGAAUCGCCUAUGCCUGAGAGAGACGAAGAAAUGUCAGAAGAGCGGUCCAGUGAAAAACAAGAAACUACUGACCAAUCCUCGAGUGAUGGCAGUUACAUUGAUGACAGUGAGGUAGAGAGUGUCCACUUGAGUUCACCGCUAGAUAUGUUACCAGAUGAACGUGUAUUUAAACAAUUUGAAGAGUGGCUUCAAACUGCUGAUGGGGGUAGAAGAGAAAAACCGAUUGCACAACAGUGCUCUCGGCAAAUUCAAUUGGUGAUACAAUACAUUUGUCCGGAGAAACCAAACCUGAAAGAUAUUCUGGAUAGAAAAACACUCAGGGACAAAUGGCUGCACAAGUUUGAGAAGGAGAGACGUCCUGGCACAGUAAAAUCAUACCUUGGUGCUUUGCGGCAGUUUUAUUCGUUUCUGGAAUGUGAGUCUCCCAUGAAUAUCGAUGCCCCUCCAAAAGCACUAAGUGCAUUAAUUGUGCAGAUGGCGCAGUGGAGCAAAUCUUACCACAAGUUGGUGAAAAAUCGCUUUUGGGAGAAACGUAUGGACGAUUUGGAGAAACUACGCAAACCUGAACAGAUCCAAAAGUUCAUCUUCAUCAUUCAUCAUUCAUCAUUUCUAUUUUAA